CGAAUUUCUUUUUGAUGUAAGCAUAGAUUUGUCCAGCUGUCUCUAUCGCAGCGUUAGUAACCUCCUCUGGAUUCACCAGCUUUUCAAUCUCUGGGUUAGAACCCAACCUGAGACAAUAUACAAAUAUAAUAUUGGUCAGAGUCACAAAAGAGAGGCUGAAUUAGAAUAUUACUUGGAGUUGGCAAUUAUAAGCAUUCUGGCUCUACAAACACUAACCAGUUGAAGUAGCCAAUGGUGGGUUGGAUAUAGUAGUCCAUAAAAACAUGCGGGGAUGAUAUUGAACUGACGGCAAGGUGACGUGUUUUUUAAACACGUCAGGAAAACUGAUUGACCAAACGGCACGGCAACAUAACGUUAAGUGGAAAUCAACACAUAUAUUUUGAAAAGCAAUGAAAAUCUAAAAGUAGACAUCAAGCUAACUUGAUGCCAUAUGAAGAGCAUGUGAAUAGAGAGAGUCGGAUAGCGUCAAUGACGGUGAGAACAGAGGUGUGGGAGAAUCACCCCCUAACCAUGGCGACCAAACCAGCUGCUGAAUCUGUGCAAUGCUUCGGAAGGAAGAAGACAGCGGUGGCUGUCACCCACUGCAAACGCGGAUGCGGUCUGAUCAAGCUCAACGGCUGCCCGAUCGAGCUCUUCAACCCCGAGAUCCUCCGGUUCAAGAUCUUCGAGCCGGUCCUUCUCCUCGGGAAGCACCGUUUCGCAAGCGUGGACAUGAGGAUCCGCGUCAAGGGUGGUGGUCACACUUCCCAGGUUUACACCAUCCGUCAGAGUCUCGCUAAAGCUCUCGUGGCGUUCUACCAGAAGUACGUGGAUGAGCAGUCGAAGAAGGAGGUGAAGGAUAUUCUGAUUAGGUAUGAUAGGACGCUGCUUGUGGCGGAUCCAAUGAGGUGCGAGCCGAAGAAGUUUGGUGGUCGUGGUACCAAUGGGAGGUGGAACGAAGUGAGUAAAGAUUAAAGAACAUCAUUGAUCGACGAAGUAAGGGUCGCAGUAACGGCUAGACAGAGUUUAUGAUUUGUUGAAACGAAGCGGAAGAGACGGAGUUGACGACUGAACAUAGGUGUAGGCGUUUUAUGUUUAAUUUUGGGCCAUAACAUAAUUUGAAAGCCCACGCGAAGACCCGGUUUCACUCUUCUUUAAUCAAAAUCGAUGGUGACAUGGCAAAACCAAACUCUCUAAUUGGCUGAUUAUUUAAUCUGAUGUGGAUGCCUUAAGCAUUGAGCUUAUUUACCUUUUAG